AUGUCUAUCCAGGGCUCGUUGUGUUUUCUGGCGGACCCAGGGUUCCUCGACUCCCAGCAUGCUCUGCAGGGACGCGAGGAUGAAUCAUCUCUCUAUAAAACCAUAGAGGAGCCCAUUAACCUGCAGAACAGACAAGGCGCAUGCCGUAGCGAUGAGAGAAGGCUGAGCUCCGUUCUCACAAGUCUGUCCAAGGUCCCCCUUCUCCUCCUCCUCCUCUACAUGUUCAUCUGCUCUCUGGACAUCCUCAGCUCUGCCUUUCAGCUAGCUGGCGGAAAGGUUGCAGGGGACAUUUUAAAGGACAAUGCCAUCCUGUCCAACCCUGUGGCAGGACUGGUGGUGGGGAUCCUGGCCACUGUCCUGGUGCAGAGCUCCAGCACCUCCACGUCUAUCGUUGUCAGCUUGGUCUCCUCUGGAUUGCUUGAGGUGCAGUCUGCCAUUCCUCUCAUCAUGGGCUCCAACAUCGGAACGUCAGUCACCAGCACCAUUGUUGCUCUGAUGCAAGCGGGAGAGCGAGAUGAGUUCAAACUGGCAUUUGCAGGUGCCACUGUCCACGACUGCUUUAACUGGCUGACCGUGUUGGUGCUCCUGCCCCUGGAGGCCGCCAGUGGACUGGUCAGGCGCCUCUCCCACGCCGCAGUGACCAGUCUGCACCUCCAGAGUGGUCAGGAAGCCCCUGAGCUUCUGAAGGUCAUCACUGAGCCUUUCACCAAACUCAUCAUACAGCUGGAUAAGUCUGUAAUCAUAGGCCUAGCCAUGGGGGAUGGACAGAUGAGGAACAGGAGUUUGAUCAAGACUUGGUGUCACAGUAGCGUCCACACUCUUCCAUUAGGGCAUUUUAGCUGCAAGCAUUAUGGUUCAAAAACAGAUUCAGGCAGACAUCUUUUUGUCGACUCCUCUCUGUCGGACCUGGCCGUGGGACUAAUUCUCCUGGCUGCCUCUGUGCUGGUUCUCUGCACCUGCCUCGUACUUCUAGUGAAGCUGCUGAACUCCUUGCUCAAGGGACAAGUGGCUAAAGUCAUCCAGAAAAUCCUGAAUACAGAUUUCCCCAGCCCCUUCGGCUGGCUGGCAGGAUAUUUGGCUAUCCUAGUGGGAGCUGGAAUGACCUUUGUGGUCCAGAGCAGCUCAGUCUUCACCUCCGCCAUUACUCCCUUGAUAGGCCUUGGUGUGAUCAGCCUUGAACGUGCUUACCCAUUAACACUUGGGUCAAACAUGGGCACCACUACCACAGCAGUACUAGCUGCACUUGCCAGCCCAGGUGACAAGCUGGCAGCAGCCUUCCAGGUGGCCCUUUGUCACUUCUUCUUUAACGUCCUGGGCAUCCUGCUGUGGUACCCAGUCCCAUUCACCCGCCUGCCCAUCCGCAUGGCCAGGUUCCUGGGAGAGCGGACAGCCGCCUAUCGCUGGUUUGCCAUUCUCUACCUAAUCCUGUGCUUCCUCCUGCUGCCCUCCCUUGUCUUUGGCCUCUCCAUGGCAGGGUGGCAUGUGUUGGUGGCCACGGGCGUUCCUUUUGCUGCCAUUGUUCUCUUUGUCACUGUGGUAACCCUACUGCAGGCCCACAGGCCACAGUACCUGCCAGCGAGACUCAGGACCUGGACUUUCCUUCCUGUGUGGAUGCGUUCUCUGGAGCCCGUGGAUGCGCUCAUCACCCGAGUCACAUUAAGCUGCACCAGGAGCCCGGGCCGGGGACAAACCCUUGGCUCGCUCCAAUUCACAGCAGAAUUAGAUCCCUCACAAAGAAAGGCUGACGCUCUGAUUGAAGGUCCUGCUGUGACUCCAACCAGCCAUAUCAACACCCAGACAACAGAGAAUGUGGAGGCUCCAGCGCAGAGUAAAGAUCCAGACUUAUACAUCGUCAUCAGCUUCUUCAUCAUCUUCAUCAGCAUGAUCAUUACUGGGACAGAAAUAUGUCAUAGAGAUGACAACGACACUCAUGACAAGACCAGAACCAAAAGAUGA